GGGUAUUGUUUGUUUGUCGAACAAAUAAAAUAGAAACGACCUGGAAAGAGACCAUAUUGAUAGUGGGAACUCACCUCACCAGAACCCAAAUGGAAACAGCCUACUCUCUGAAUUUGUCAAGCAAACCAACCCCACCGCAAGGCAAACCACUUUCCUUCAUCUUCCAAAAUUUUAUCACCACAACCAAUUCUGUUUCCAUCUUUUUGACUCAUCAAAAAAAUUCUUCGUUUUCCCUGUGGGUAUGGCUCUUCUCUUGAACAUGAGCUGCCCAUGCUUCUUUUCCCACCUUCUCUUCGUCUUCUUCGUCUAUGCUCUUGUUCCUUUCUCUUCUUGCCAAUCCAAUUCUCAGAAUAUUGAAACUUUCUAUCCUUUUCCAGUUCCGUCUCCGUCUCCUGCACCUUCACCUGCCAAUUCUAAUAAACCCAACUCUUCUUUUUUGCCUCCUGGAAAAUCACCUUCUCCACAACCGUCAGCACUGCCUCUUCCGGAACCCAGGUCCUCCUCGAGUACAACAGUUGCCAAGGCAGUAGCUGCUACUGCGGUGAGCACUUUUGUCGUCGCCACCUUGCUCUUCUUUUUCAUCCAGAGGUAUGUAGUUGCACGCCGCAGGACAAAGAGAGUAGAUGCUAUUUCUGGUGGAGGGAAGCCUCCGCCUCCGGUGCUUGAUUACGAUAAGUUUUCGCAAGUUGAUGGUAGUCUUAAGGGUGUGAUUGUUGAUGAGAAUGGGUUGGAUAUGCUUUAUUGGAGAAAACUUGAAGAGGAAAACAAGAAUGAAAGUUUUCAGAAAGAAGACACAGAAGAAGACGAUGAUGAUGGUGAGACGGCUCAAGCAAGAAAUGGGCGGCGCAAGAACUCUCAGCCCAUACAAGAAAUUCCUUUACUUCGAGGGAAGUCAUCCGUUUCCCAGGAUAAUAAAGUUGGGCCAGAAAUUGGUAGUCCUGACAGAUUUAUGGCCCCCAGCAUUAAUCCUCAAUCUGAGAUGGUCGUUAAGGCCAUUGAAAAAUCAAAUUUAACAAGUCAAACAUCAAAUCUUUCUCAUCUCCUUCCACCACCAUCAGCAGCGCCACCUCUGCCGCCGCUGCCGCCACCUCUGUCUCCGCUGCCGCCACCACCUGCAAUGGCAAUUCCAGCUAAACAACAAAAUGCACCACCACCACCACCUCCAACCCCUCCAAUCCCAGCAAAGAAAAAUAAUGCAACACCUCCACCACCUCCAAUCCCAGCAAAGAAAAAUAAUUCAACACCACCUCCACCUCCACCACCUCCAAUCCCAGCAAAGAAAAGUACUACGCCACCCCCACCUCCGCCACCCAAGGCAGCUGGUUUUGCUUCGUCUUCAAAAAUACCUCCGGUGGCUGAAGGGAUGCCAAAUAAGGGUAAACCAGGGGAGUCUUCAACUGGAGAAGGCAGGGCAGGAAACGGGAAUGGCCAGGUAAAACUGAAGCCAUUGCAUUGGGAUAAAGUAAACAAGAAUACUGAUCAUUCCAUGGUGUGGGACAAUAUUGGUGGUGGCUCCUUCAGGUUCGAUGACAAUCUAAUGGAAGCCCUGUUUGGAUACGUUGCCACCAACCGAAGAUCCCCCAAUGAAGGAGUCAUAAGCGAUCCAAAGAACCAGAAAGGAAGCCUACCAGCACAAAUUGCUAUUCUUGAUGUCAGGAAAUCCCAGAACAUAGCAAUUGUGCUCAAAUCUCUAGGCAUCUCACGGGAAGAAAUACUUGAUUCCUUAACUGAUGGACAAGGUCUGAAUGCAGAGACACUUGAAAAGCUAAUGAGAAUUGCUCCAACCAAAGAACAAGAAUUUCAAAUUCUUGAAUUCGAUGGAGACCUCAGUAGACUUGCAUAUGCUGAGUUUUUCCUCUACAAUCUCUUGAAAGCUGUUCCAUCAGCUUUUACUCGCCUUGAUGCUAUGCUUUUCAGACUAAAUUAUGAUUCAGAGAUCCUCCAGUUCAAAGAAUCUUUGCAAACACUUGAAUUAGGCUGCAAGGAGCUUAGAAAUAGAGGACUCUUCAUUAAACUUUUAGAAGCAAUCCUCAAGGCUGGUAAUCGCUUGAAUGCAGGGACUUCAAGAGGAAAUGCACAAGCAUUCAAUUUAACUUCUCUUCGAAAGUUAUCCGAUGUUAAAAGCACCAAUGGAAAAACUACUCUACUUCAAUUUAUUGUUGAGGAGGUUGUCCGUUCAGAGGGAAAACGCUGUGUAAUCAACAGAAACCGAAGCUUGAGUCGAAGCAGCAAUAGCAGCAGAAGCAGCAAUAGCAGCAUAAGUUCAGCUAAUGUAGCAUCAAGGGAGGAAAGGGAGAAGGAAUAUAUAAUGCUGGGAUUACCAAUGGUAGGAGGUCUCAGUUCUGAAUUCUCUAAUGUAAAGAAAGCAGCCCAAAUAGAUUAUGAGGCCUUUGCAGGCACUUGCUCAGCUCUCACAGCUCGCAUAGCAGAAGUUAGGAUGACCACGUCGCAGUGUGCUGAUAAUGGGGAAGGAGCAUUUGCAAGAGAGAUGAAAGGUUUUAUUGAAGCAGCAGAGGAAGAACUUAAGGUUUUGAAAGAUGAGCAAAUGAGGACAAUGGAGCUUGUAAAGAAAACAACAGACUAUUAUCAAACAGGAGCUUCCAAGAACAAAGAAUCACAUCCACUUCAACUAUUUCUCAUAAUUAAAGACUUCCUAAACAUGGUUGAUCACGUCUGCGUCGAAAUUGCUCGAAAUGUCCAAAAAAGGAAAACACCCUCUUCAAGUCUUGGCUCCUCACCCAAGUCACCAGCAGCAUCACCGAUGCCAGUGAGGUUCCCAAACUUGCCUGAACAUUUCUUUCAGGAAAAAUCUAGUAGCAGUUCAAGUGGAUCAGACACUGAUUUUUGAGCUUAUAUUUAACAUCUAAUGUAUAUAGUUGUUGUACAAAAAAUUCAAGGUGUAAAAAAUCAUAGGAGAGUGAUUUUUGAAAUCAUCGAAUUGUUUGCUAAACCUUGGCAAGUUUUAGUGAAUAGAUUCCAAGUUUUUGCUUUGCUAGUCUA